GAUAGCAUUUACUCAUGGCAAGCACGUUCUGACAGCUUCACAAACAUUAACCCACUUAAUCCACAUCACACUCCGAAGAAGUUAGUACUGUUAAGACCCCAUCUCGCAGGCGAGGACACUGUGGGCUCCAAGAAGUGACGUCCCUUGCCCUAGACCGUUAAGCAAGUGGGUGACGGAGCUGGGACUGAAACCCCGGCAGACUGGCUCCUAGGCUCACUGGCGAAGGCAGGCCUGUUUGUCCUAAAAGGCUGUCUUCAUGGUCCUGCCCCUGCACAACCCCAUCAAGUCUGCCCGCUUGCCCUUCGGGGUGGCUAAUCCAGCGCACAGGGGAGGGAAAGGCCUUUGAAGGGGCAUUUCCCCAGUCGUCUGGUCUCUGGGAAUAACUUCAUUCCCACUUCUGGAACGGGAGGAGGGCAAGGAAAAGACAGCAGGUGCGUCAGCAGUCCCGGAAGCACACCGGGUUCCCACAGUCCCUGUCCCUGGUCUGUCCUCUGAGGCUGUGGGCUCUGCCCUCCUCUGUGAUUCCUGGACACGGACCUCACUGAGCCUCCUCCCUCAUUUAGACUCCCUUCCUUCAGUGAGGCCUAGGAAGGCCUCCUUUUCCUCUUCAGAAUGGUCGAUUUUAUUGUAUUUGGAUGGAUUAUUUGAAAGCUGCCUUGAACUUGUUGUGGACAUGAGCAGGGUGUAAAUAUAUUAAAAAUAAGAUAAGAAGGAAUGGGGUUUGCCUCUGGGGCCCUCCAGGCUAGGUGAGCACCCAGCCAUUGGAUCUGUUUGUCUCUCAGAAGCCUUCCUCUCUGGGGCAUAAGGCCGAGGGUUCUGGAGGGCAUGUCCCAGGAGCUGCUUUGGCGCUGGUGCAGCGAGCUGCCCUCCGAUGUGGGUGGGUGUCGAGACGGGCUGGCCUCAGCUCCUCCACUUCCCCACGGGGAUGCCGGUUAGGAGCCACCCGCUCUGCAGGGGAACCAAAGCCCUGUUCUAGAAGAUAUGGCAGAAAGGGCUUGUCCAGUUAACCGAAUUUGUCUUCUGGGAGCCUCCAAACUCCCUUUUCUGGGUCUUCCUCCCUCUUCAGCGGCAUCUCCUCUUUCCAACAAAUAGGCCUUUGGGGCUUCGUUCUCUCUCAGGUGUGGAUGGCACCAACAGCUUAGAUCUCCCAGAGUGGAGGACACGCAGUCAAAGGGGACUCCAUCAACCUGCUGUCCACAAAGAAGGGCAACCUUCCCCUCCACCUGUGGCUGCUGGCACCUUUACAGAGUGGGCUCUCCUGAGGGGACUCCCUCCGGCUCAAGGAAGGAACUCUUCGGCUAUAAGCCACUUCCCCAGGGGCGCAGUGGGGCUUCCCAGGCACUAGGAGAGAGGAUGCGGCCUUCUUCUGAGACUGGCCGGCUCAGAGGAGGAAAGAUAAACAUCCAUCUCAAAGCAAAGGUGGGGCUUAGCCAGAGCCCAGGGUGGGGGACUAAUGGGAAACAGCUUGUUGGAGGGAGGUGGACAGAAUUCGGGAAUGGCUAGGGCUGGGCUGCUGAAGAGGGGGCUGGGAGAAGCAGGCUGAUUGAGACCAGCUGCUGCUCCUCUGUCCUGGAGAUCUUUGGACUCUGCCCGGGGCGGACUUACACCCUAUUCCGGGCGACUGGGAGCCAGCAGAGGCUGCCUGGGGCAACCGAGGCUUCUCCGCCACCCUGACUCCUGGAGCCCUCAGAAACAAAAGACCAGGGGGGACUCUCCAUCCACCAGCCAAACGCCUCCUCCCCAUCGCCUGCCCCCACCCCCUGGCUGCUCCUGUCCCGGAAAGGCCCGGAAGAAGAGGACAGGGAAACAGCCCUGCCUACUCUCCCCCGUCCCUCCAUCCACCCAAGCACCGGCAUCUGGAGAUCCCAUGGCCUGGGCUCGCUGGGGCUGCUGCCCCUGGCUUGUCCUUCUCUGUGCUUGUACCUGGGGCCGCCCAAAGGCAGCGAACCUGACACGAGAGGAUGUGAGAAACUGUUCCACCAGCCCUCCGUACAUUCCAGUUACUGCGGUCAAUACCACAGAGCGGCUCACGGCCCUCCGCCAGCAGAUACAGAUGCUGAAUCUCUCUGCCUACAUCAUCCCGGACACGGAUGCCCACAUGAGCGAGUACAUCGGUGACCAUGACAAGAGGCGUGCGUGGAUUACAGGCUUUACGGGGUCUGCAGGAACCGCAGUGGUAACCAUGGGGAAGGCAGCUCUCUGGACCGACAGUCGCUACUGGACGCAGGCUGAGCGGCAGAUGGACUGCAACUGGGAGCUCCAUAGGGAAGGCAACAUUGUCACCUGGCUUCUCACUGAGGUUCCUGUUGGAGGGCUCGUGGGCUUCGACCCCUUCCUCUUCUCCAUUGACUCCUGGGAGAGUUAUAACGCAGACCUCCAAGCCUCUGACAGACAGCUGGUGUCCAUCGCAGACAACCUCGUGGAUCUGGUGUGGGGAUCAGAGAGGCCUGCAGUUCCAAGCCAGCCCAUUUAUGCCCUGCAGGAGGCGUUCAUAGGGAGCACCUGGCAGGAUAAGGUAUCUGACAUCCGCAGUCAGAUGCAGCAGCGUCGCGAGGCCCCGACUGCCGUCCUUCUGUCAGCGCUUGAUGAGACAGCCUGGCUCUUCAACCUGCGCAGCAGUGACAUCCCUUAUAACCCCUUCUUCUACUCCUACACACUGUUCACGGACUCCUUCAUCAGGUUAUUUGUAAACAAGAGUCGCUUGAGCUCCGAGACCCUGCAGUACCUGAACGCUGACUGCACGCUCCACAUGUGUGUGCAGCUCGAAGAUUACAGCCAAGUCCGGGACAGCAUCAAGGCCUAUGCCUCGGGGGAUGUGAGGAUCUGGAUCGGCACCAGCUACACGACGUACGGGAUCUAUGAAUUGAUACCCAAGGAGAAACUCGUAGAAGACACCUACUCCCCAGUGAUGGUGACCAAGGCGGUGAAAAACAGCAAGGAGCAGGCCCUCCUCAGGGCCAGCCAUGUGCGGGACGCCGUGGCCGUGAUCCGAUACCUGGUCUGGCUGGAGAAGAACGUGCCCUCAGGCGCGGUGGACGAGUUCUCGGGGGCCGAGCUGCUGGACAAGUUCCGAGGAGAAGAAGAGUUCUCCUCUGGACCCAGUUUUGAAACCAUCUCUGCUAGUGGCCUGAAUGCUGCCCUGGCCCACUACAGCCCGACCAAGGAGCUGCACCGCAAGCUGUCCUCAGAUGAGAUGUACCUGGUGGAUUCUGGGGGGCAAUACUGGGACGGAACAACAGACAUUACCAGAACAGUCCACUGGGGCACCCCCUCUGCCUUCCAAAAGGAGGCGUAUACCCGUGUGUUGAUAGGCAACAUCGAUCUGUCCAGACUCGUGUUUCCUGCUGCUACAUCAGGGCGAAUGGUGGAGGCCUUUGCUCGCAAAGCCUUGUGGGACGUUGGGCUCAAUUAUUACCACGGGACAGGCCAUGGCAUUGGCAACUUCCUGUGUGUGCAUGAGUGGCCAGUGGGAUUCCAGUCUAGCAACAUUGCCAUGGCCAAGGGCAUGUUCACUUCCAUCGAACCUGGCUACUAUCAGGAUGGAGAAUUUGGGGUCCGUAUUGAAGAUAUAGCCCUCGUGGUAGAAGCAGAAACCAAGUACCCAGGGACCUACCUGGCCUUUGAAGUGGUGUCCUUGGUGCCCUAUGACCGGAAUCUCAUCGAUGUCAGCCUGCUGUCCCCUGAGCAGCUCCAGUACGUGAACCGCUACUACCAGACCAUCCGCGAGAAGGUGGGCCCCGAGCUGCAGCGGCGCCAGCUACUGGAGGAGUUUGCAUGGCUGCAACAGCACACAGAGCCCCUCUCUGCGAGGGCCCCGCGCGCCGCUUCCCUGGUCUCUCUGUUGGCAGUCUCUGUGCUUGCCAUCCUCGGCUGGAGCGCCUAGAGGCUCGGGACUCCUCUACUGACCCUCUCACUCAGCUCCCCUCACCCUGCAACUCCCAUGCCCCAAGAGCCCCUGCCAGCCCACUGCCUGGAAACCGUUGCCCUCAGCCUCCUCCCCAGGACCAAGCCCUGGGGACACAGGGCUUCUUGGCCCUUCUUACACCUCAUCCUUGGCUCCCAACCCCCAGCCCUGGAAUAGGAGAACCAGCUAGUCCCUUUCCCACUGUGAGCCCAAUAGGCCUAACCUAUAACCUGGAAGAGCCUGCUGCCGCUGCCCCCCCAAAAAAAGGACCAAUAUGGCAGUGCCCCACCCAUGGCCCUGGGCGAGCCCUGCCAUCACCACCUGCUGGAUAGACCAGAGCUGUUCCCACCCAGUGGCUCCUGAAUUCUUGGUCUUCCCAUGCCCUUGAGGCUGCCUCUGGCCACCCCCGCCUAUCCCCGCCUUACAGUGGCCUCCACAAUGGCUGCAGCCCACAGACUGAAGGAACAAAGAGCUCCCUACUGUGCCUGUAGUGGGAGAGGAAGGGAGGGUGGCCCAGUCCUCUGGUUUCAUACUGCCACCCCAAGGGUCAGGGAGACCAGUCAGAGAAGGGGCACAUACAGCGGCCCCCUCCAUGGGUGAGCUCAGCACCCCUAAACGCAGGGUGGUCCCGUGCCAGUCGACAGGAUAGGGAGUUGCGCCAUAGCAAUUUCUCCACGGGGAAGGAGGGAAUGCGGGGAGCCCUCUGGAAUAUGGCCCCACCCGAAGGUGGGAGCAACCUGAGCGGUGGCGCCCAAUCACUAUCCCAGACUUCCCAGCAUGCAGGUGGCCCUUUUAACUUUCCAAAGUGCAGCCACAGUGACAGUGCUGUUCAAUCCUCCAGGAUCCUUGGAUGGCCUUUAAAACCUGGGUGGGCAGAGUCUGAUUUGGCCAUUUUAUAACCAGGAAAGCUGAGCUCCAUCCAGGCGUGGGACCUGCCCAAGGACCCCCAGUGUUUGGGUGGAACCUGGUGGGACCAGAAUGGGCUGCCAGUCCAGCUCUUUUGCCCUUCAGCACCAUGCAGAAUCCCUUAGCUUGCCUCCCGCCCCCUCCUCGUUCGCUGAGCCCGCUGGGGGUUGGGGGGAGGUGAGAAGUUUUCUCCGGCUGGCCCAGCCGUUAGCCACCUGGGCUCACAUCCUGCUAGAUGCUUAAAACAGCCUGGCAACGAAGCCUGCCUCUGGGUUUUGCAUUGUGUCUGCUGUGUUGCUGGGGACUGCUGUUACCUGUGGGUUUUGUGGUGGGGGAAGAAGGGGAGGGGCGAGGUGGGGGCGGCGAUGUGCAGCUCCCAGAAGCUCAGCCGGGCGCGCAUGUGCUUGAGAAUGUGCAUGUGAGCAUGCGUGCAUGUACGUGUGCGAGCGUUCAUCUAUUCACAUGCAUGCCACGCCCAGCCAAGCACCUCCUGUGCUAAAGGUGGUGUAGCCUUGUGGAGGGGACAGGCGGGAGUCCCACACUGAGGGACUUGUUGAAUGUGGCCCAGGAAAGUCGGGGCUAGCACCUUUGCUCAGCGGAGCACAGUCAGGGAGGAGAGAGCCAAGUCUCUGGGGUAGAGUGCUGGGCAAAGACACCCGGCAGAGGAGUCCUCCCGCCUGGGACCAGCAGGCCUAGUUUGCCAAGUGUCAGGGUGACCUGUGACAGUUACCACCACCGAUGCUUGCAUCCGAAGGCCCCACCUCGGACCCGCCCUCGCUGAGAACCUGUAGCAGCCAAGAGGCAGCCCCUGGGUGCCGAGUCAUUUGCUCUCUCCCCUGCUCGCCCCACAAAGACAGCUACUACUAAUAAAGUUCGUCGUCAUCAGCA